ACAGGUUAAACUGCAUAUGUUUAAGAAAUGAGUUAAUGCUGAAGCCUAGUCCAAGAUCACCUUUUCACAAGAUUUUUGUCAGAUUAUCUUCUUACAUGACUUCACUGGAAAGCAACCAUAACUUUUACCAGCUAACUCCAGUUCAACUGGGAUGUGAAGUGCGUGGAAUUGAUUUAAAGAAAGAUGUGCCGAAGGAAGUUAUUUCUGCAAUCAAGGAAGAUGUGACAAAACAUAGAAUAUUAAUUUUCAAGGAUCAAGGUGUUGUUAGUGGCCCGAGACAUGUUGAAAUUGGAAAAUGGUUUGGUGAGCCUGAAUCUACAUUUUACAAACAUCCCCGAUCACCUCAUCCUGAUGUUUUUCGUGUUUCAAACGAUCGUAGUGAAGGAUGUACAAACGUAGGCCGCACAGGAUGGCAUAUAGAUGGAAGUUUUCAAGAAGCGCCUUUUGGUUAUGCUGUUUAUCAUAUGGGUUGA